UGCGCAUGUUUACGUUUCAUUCUCGGGCCGUGACGUCAGCGCUGGCCUGACAGCUUUGUUGUCUCCCACGGAAAGUCCGAAGCUGUGGAUAGGCCACUGACCGGAGAGCAUUGUCCGUGGACCCGCACAGAGACGGAGAAGCGGCGGGUGAUGGUGCGGGCCGGCGGAGGGGUCACGUGGGGGGUGAAGCGGCUCGGCUGCCCGGUGACUGUCAACAAAGCGCGUCACGUGACUGCCGCGCGAGGCCGCUGAUGACAGUAACAAUAGAGAGGGGCCAAGCGGGGAGAGAUCGGUCCACCGAGGAGAGUAGAGCACCGCACCGAGCGACAUGUCGUUCACCCUGGAGGACACGCUGGAGGCGGACUGGGUGGCCGUGAGGCCCAAUGUGUUCGAGGAGAAGGAGCGGCACAAGUUCGUCUUUAUCGUGGCCUGGAACGAGGUGGAGGGCAAGUUCGCCAUCACCUGUCACAACCGGACGGCCCAGCGCCAGAGGAACACCGAGCCGAGCCGCAGUCCCCGGGGGAGCCCGAAGAAGCAGGAGCCCCGGGAGGAGCCGGACGAGGAUGGGUGUAGCUGGGCCGGACUCUUCUCCUUCCAGGACCUCCGGGCCGUCCACCAGCAGCUGUGCUCCGUCAGUGGGGAGCUGGAGCCGUGUCUGCCCGCCUUUCCCGAGGAGCCGUCCGCUGUCUGGUCCGUGCUCUUCGGGGCCCCGGAGCUCAGCGAGGAUGAUGUGGAGGAUCUGUGCCGCCGCCUGCAGCUCUACCUGGGUCAUUCCCUGGACACGUGUGGAUGGAGGAUCCUCUCCCAGAUCCUCUUCACCGAGAGCGACGACCCCGAGGAGUACUACGAGAGCCUCAGCCAGCUCCGCCAUAGCGGAUACGAGGAGGUGCUGAGCCGGGCGCGCCGGGGGUUACACCAGCUGCUGGAAAAGCACAAAGUGACAGAAAGCAUGGUUGACCUACUGCAUUUGUAUCAGAUGGAAGAUGAGGCGUACAAUGCUGUCGUAGAAGCCACUACAGAAUUUUAUCAAUAUCUUUUACAGCCAUUCCGAGAUAUGAGAGAGCUGGCAAUGUUACGAAGGCAACAAAUUAAGAUUUCCCUAGAGAAUGAUUAUUUGGGCCCUAGAAGAAUUGAGAGCCUGAAGAAAGAAGAUGCGGACUGGCAAAAGAAGGCUCACAUGGCCGUGCUUUCUAUUCAGGACCUAACGGUUAAAUAUUUUGAAAUCACAGCAAAGGCCCAAAAGGCUGUGUAUGAUCGCAUGAGAGCUGACCAAAAGAAGUUUGGGAAGACAGCCUGGGCAGCUGCUGUGGAGCGCAUGGAAAAGCUUCAGUAUGGGGUUUCCAAGGAGACUUUACAACUGAUGCGAGCAAAAGAAAUCUGUCUAGAACAAAAGAAACAUGCACUGAAAGAAGAGAUGCAGAGUUUACAUGGCGGAGAAGAAGCGAUAGCUGUAUUAGAUGAGUUGGAAGCAGAUUAUUAUACUCAUCAGCUUCAGCUAUAUGAAGUCCAGUUUGAGAUUCUCAAAUGUGAGGAGCUACUACUUACAGCUCAGCUAGAGAGCAUCAAACGUCAGAUGUCAGAGAAAAGAGAUGAAGUUGUCUAUUAUGAUACAUAUGAAAGCAUGGAGGCAAUGCUUGCAACUGAAGACAUGGUGGCUUCUAUCCAUUUACAAAGAGAAGAACUUCUUAAACUUCAGCAGAAAGUUCGGCAGCUUGAAGCAAAACGUGGCCGAAUUUCAGCCAAGAAAGCCUACCUCAGAAACAAAAAGGAGAUCUGUAUUGCCAAGCAUACAGAGAAGAGACAGCAGCAAUUUCAUAGUGACGAUGAAUAUGGAGAACAUGCUGCACAGCUAAAACGUGACAAACAGCAAGAUGAGGAAGAACAAAAGAACACUUGGGUUACUCAGGAGCGACAAAAGACCUUGGAUAGACUCCGCACAUUUAAACAGCGUCAUCCUGGGCAAGUAAUAUUGAAGUCAACAAGAUUUCGUUUGACUCCAGGCAGAAGGAAACCCACAGCAAGAACGACCCCAAGCCUUGAUGAACCGCAAUCCCUCUCUGUCAGUAUUCAGACGCAAGGAAUACCAGAUGUGGAAACGCUAGAAGUGUUACAGCCAUUGGAUGUUCAUACAAUCUAUAAACAACCACAGCUUGAUGAGAAUUCCUUACCUCCUGACGCAGCUAGCUCUCAACUUCCUGAAACAGCUUCGCUUCCCACUUUCAGUGGUGAAAAACUUGAUACUGUACAACCCCAGUCUCUGCCUGUGUUCUCUGCUCCACCUCCCCCUCCACCGCCACCACCUCCACCGCCACCUUCUUUAAAAGAGGAGACAGAACCUUUAGAUGUCAGAGUUAUACACGUCAAGAAGGAGCCCGAGGACUCUGCACCUCCAACACCCGCAGGCACCCCCUUAUCCCAAAUAUUUGACAGCACUCAACUUGUCAGUGCCAGGAAAAAGUUGAAGAAAACUGGAGCUCUUGAAGGCCUGCAGCAAAGAAGAGUGAGCUCACCAAUGGAUGAAGUUUUGGCUUCCCUAAAACGUGGAAGUUUUCAUCUGAAAAAAGUGGACCAAAGGACGCUGGCACCUUUCCCCGAUGAGGACGACAGCAAUAAUAUAUUGGCACAAAUCAGGAAGGGGGUGAAACUGAAGAAGGUGCAGAAAGAUGAUUUAAGAGAAUCUUUCUCACUUUUAAAUGAUGCAGACCCGCUGACACGCAGCAUUCAUGAGGCACUUAGACGAAUUAAAGAGGCUUCACCUGAAUCGGAGGAUGAAGACGAGAGUUUGCCUUGCACAGACUGGGAAAAUUAGCUGGUGGUCCUUGGCUGACAUUACUGUAUUGCAGCAGAGCGGAGGUCAUCAUUUUUUUGCUGCCACAAGAUGAAGAAAAGCCUACGAGGAGGAAGAAGCAAAUCCUUCUGGUAUAUAACUUGAGGAAUCUCUACAGUUUAGAAAAUGAUAGUUACCGCUGAAGCAACCCACCAGUUACACUUUACAGCUUAGAAGCCAGAUGGAUUUCAUGAGCCCUCCGCUGCUUCCAGAGGCACUUUUUCCAUUUAGCUUGGUGGCCAGUUAUAAUUUUGAUUUUUUUUUUUCUUUUUUAUUAUUACUAUUGUGGCAAACACUAUUGAUUUAUUAGUGAAGUUGGAGUUUACGAAGGACAUCUAUGAAACUCUAAUCACUGGAUGCACUGAAUCUGAUUGGCUUGAAGGAGAUUGAAUAGAACUGACCUCUUUGCAGCAGCAGUAUCAGACACUGUAUUGCCCAACUGUAGACUGUCCUCUGUUUACUAGCCAUGUAGGAUUCAAGGGAAAGCUAUGAGGUUAAAGUGAUCCAAGAUUACUUUGAAGAGACAACCAAUGUUAAGAGUCAAGUAUAACUCAAGAAGUUGGAAAAUCAUUCCGUGUGUCUCAAUGGGAUAUUUACACUUAACCUCCAAUUAGCUGGCCACUGCAGAUAGCAUGUGUUCAUUGUCUACAAGACUGCCAGCCUCUCAUCAGUCUGAUUUACCAAUCUUUUUAACCAAUAGCUGCUCACAUUUGCUAUAAUAAUAAUCUUUUUACUACAUGAUGUAUAUUAGGGGACAGUGCAUCAUUUUACAAAUUCCUAUAUAUAUAUAUAUAUAUUCCAUUUUUAUGAUUUGAUUGCUUUUAUUCAUUGUCUUAAUUGUUUUAUGCAAUAUCAUUUUGACUUCCUUUCAGCGAUCUAAAGGAAAAUGCAAAACAUAUUUAUAUAUUGAUCAGAAAACGUAGUAUUAUUUUCUGUGUGGAUAGUUUUUCUUAUGGUUGCUUUUAAACUUUGCAUGUUAUUUUUAGUUUGGAGAAGUUAUUCAAACAAGAGGACCAGCAAGUCUCCUAAUUUUUAUUUACACUGUCUGUCUGGCCAUUAAGUUAGAAAUGUAGAUUCUGACCUAAAUAUAUAUCUGAAAAGACGACGUUCUGCUUAUUUUUGAUAGAAGAGGCUGGUUUUGCUUAUAUUGGCUGAAAUUCUGGUUUGCUGGCAUGAGAUACUUUAAAAGUUUCAGCAUAGGUGUCUUGUUUUAGAACAUUGCAUGUAUAGUUUUGGAUUGGUGAUAUGAGGACCAACCGUUUACCUUUUAUAGGUCUCCCUCUGCACUGUACAAAACCCAAUAUGUUCCGUUGUGUUUAUCACUACGUUUCAGGGUAAUUGGUCCUAUUAAAACACCAAAAUCUUUAUUAUAAUGCAAUAUUUGUAUUGUCCUUGGUUGGACAAUCCCAAGAGCCAGGUAAUCAAAAUUGCAAGCAGUGUCUACCAUUUUCAAUUGCAUGUUUUGGUAUUGAUGGAAGAAUGUUCCCCUGCCUCUGUUCGGUGGUCAUACACUAUUGGAACUUUCAGUCUUCAGCUUUUAUACCAUAAUGGUCUUUAAGUGACUGAUUAACAUUGUACAUGUUGGGAUUCAUUUGUGUGGCUGAUUUUUGUUUUUGAUCUUAAAGUGUUACUAAACCCAGGACUCACUAUAUUUGGUCUCCCACAGUAAACAGAACAUUGAAAUGCAAUUACAUAAUGAAAUACCCUUUCUCACCAGCAGUAUAUAGCAGUCUUAUGACUUCUGUCAGUGUCUGGUUAAAGCUUGUAGAGUUUUCAUUCUCCUCUGACUGUCCUAUGAGUCUGCAUGACCCCUGACCCCAAUCAUAGUGCUGAUUGGUUGUGCGCUGAUCACAUGCACC